UCAGCUUUUCUCUUUUUAAUGCUGUUUUACUCUGUCUGUCCAAGUAACGUUGAUGUGCGCGAAACGUGUCAAGCUGUCAAAACAAGCCCUUUUGUCCGAUCUGUCAAGACGUGAUCAGCUGGAAUCUGACACUGAUAGCCACAACAACGUCCUCGGCUGUGGCUAGCUAGAUAAGCUAGUUAGAUAUGCUAAGAUAAGUUUGGUAGGUAGUCGUACCUUGUCCUCAAUGCUUUACAGAUUUUUACAUUUAGGGUGUCGUUUUCCAAGAGUUAGCCCUCUUGCUCGACAGAGUAGUGCUGCUCGUUUCGAUAAAUACGUGGCAUGCAACGUUAGUCAGUCACAACGGUUGUUUACAACAUGUAGCUAACGCUUGCUAGCUUGAUGUGUAUUCGUUCCGCGUUAGCAUGUUAGCGCUCAGGCGCUAGUUAGCUGCGUGCAGACGCAGAGCUGUCACUACAUGAUAAACACAUGUGACAGCCCGUGGUUGAUCCUUCAUCUGUUUUGUAGAGGUUUGCAAAUGUAGCCGAGACACUAGCCCUAUAGCAUUGGUGGUUUUGCGGUUAGCGUGUAAACUGGCAUAUCUGUUGGUUUGUGCCACAGAGGAGAUGCGGUGCUGCAGUCAUCGCCGUGUCUCAGAUAUUAAUGGAAACAAUAUAUAGCAACCUGUCUGUCAGUAACAUGUCAACGUCAUGGCUGUUUCAUGACAGCGCAUCAUGUCAAUGUGCUGAAGUGUGCAAGUGAAAUAGUUUGCUUAACGUUAGCUCCAGUCACAGUGAUGUUUGCUCACGGUCGUUACUACGGUCGAUCUUUAACUAGCUGCAUCACUAAUCCCCGAAUCUGUCCUGUCUGGGUUGCAGGAUCGGUCCCAUCUAACUAACACCUUAACAGUGGCAGUUAUGUUAAAGCGCAGUAUAGACAGGACGAUUUGAAAAGCUUGUGCAGCCUUUGUAAACCUUACUUUUUUUCUGGGCUAAGAGUGCUAAAGUAAGUUUGAUCAAGUAGAAUGGAAAGAUAAAACGCCCUCUGCUCGGGUUGUACAAAUGGAUGAAAUAAUUCUGCAGAUACAGUAGAGGAAUUUGAAGACAGUAUAAUGCAAAAGAAGAUGAAAAUUCCCAAGAUGUCCAUCAAGAAUUCAGGAAACUCUAUUGAGAACAAUUUUGGAGAGGAGAGAAUGCCACUCAGGCAUAAAAAGGCCCUGUCUCAGGACCAUGGACGCCCCCUUUCCAACUCCUCCAAGAGUCUGGCAGCAGUAGUGGCUCGUCUGGAGAGAAAUGCAGCCAGCUCCUGUAUGGAGGGCGAAGAAGACCUGGAUGAGGACCGGCUGGCAGAGGAGGGAGAGGAUGCAGACGACGAAGAUGAAGAUAUGGAUGCAGAGCAUCAGCAACAUCAUCACCAGCAGCAACCACAGCAUUUGGAGGUGGACACGGAUUGUGUGUCUGGGGUAGCUGCAGCAGUGGUUCCCAGAGUCCUGUAUGAGGAACUGGUUCAUAGCUACAGGCAACAGGAGGAGGAGAUGAGGAGGCUGCAGCAGGAGCUGGAGAGAACCCGCAGGCAGCUGGUGCAGCAAGCCAAGAAGUUAAAGGAAUAUGGCAGCUUGCUGACAGAAGUCAAAGAAUUAAGGGACUUCAACAGGAGGCUGCAAGACGUACUUCUCAUGAGAUUGGGCAGUGAGCCUAUGCAUGACAAUGGCACUCAGACAAUCAAGGCUGAAGUGGUUGAACCCAUUGUUGAGGCCCAAGAAACAUGCAGAGAAGAAGCCAACACCAGUUCCAGCUACUCACCCUCACCCAGAACAGUAUACACCUGCAACGAUGGGAAGGUACACCUCGGUGGAGGGAUCUGGGUGGAGGAGGAGAAGUGGCAUCAGCUGCAGCGGACCCAGGGAGACUCCAAGUUCACAAAGAACCUGGCUGUAAUGAUCUGGGGCACAGAAACCCUCAAGAACCGUAGCGUCACUGGAGUGGCCACCAAAAAGAAGAAAGAUGCCCUGCCCAAACCUCCACUGUCGCCCAGCAAACUGAAAAUUGUCAGAGAGUGUCUCUACGACAGAGUGUCUCAAGAGACAGCGGACAGUGCAGAGAUUACGCAGAGAUUGUCCAAAGUGAACAAAUACAUCUGUGAAAAAAUAAUGGACAUCAACAAGUCCAUCAAGAACGAGGAGCGGCGGGAGUCCAAGCUGCUCAUUCGACAGACAGUCAAGAUGGAGAACUUCACCUACGAUGGCAUGUAGUGGUCAACUGUUGUCACGCCAGCGCCUUCUGCCCCCCCCCCCCUAUGGUUGUUAUAUGAAACGUUAAAACAAAUAGACCCCUUCCCAGCUCCCUAUAGAGCAACCAUCACCUUCCUCAGUGCCCAGUUUUCCCAUUGGCUGACAGACAGCUUUACCCACCAGUGUGUGAACUAGUUUGAUAUGAGCUGGUGUGAGUGUUUUUAUAAGCUUUACAGUGGGAUUGGUACAGAGACAUGGUUUGUUGACGUUUGUGCAUUUGUGUCAAAGGAAAGAUUACAUGUAAUUUUUAAAUUGAUUUAUUGUUCUGUGUCAGAACAUAGUUUUGAAUCCUUAAACUUUUAAAAAGUAAUUAGUGGAGAGGUUAUUUCCCUAGAUAAAGUCAUCUGUUUCUAUAAAGAUAAUGAUGCCAGCUUGCAUUAGAUCUAAGUUGUGUGAACGGCUGGAUAUUUUGGAGACUACCCAAUAACUGCUGGGAAUCUGAGUGUUUGCUGUUGGUACUUAUUGCAUAAAAUGGGACAUCAGGGUCUCAAAUGCACAAGUCUUAAUUGGUAACAGUGAGAUUGCAUUUUGCAACAGAGAUUCUGUUGCUCCAAGAUAUUAAUUAUGUGUGUGCGCCCCCUUAACUGUAGGUCAAUCACAACACAUGGCUUUAUUAAAAAGACGGCUUACAGAGGUUAAAUGGGAAGUAUGACUCUAAUGUGGAGUCUAUAAAGUGCUGUAUUUGUUUAGUUUUUUAUGUUUGACCUUUUAGUUAUGAGCAUUUGCCAUCAAUGAGAAAGGUUUGGAUGGGAUAUUCCCAUCUUACUAAACAUGUCACUUUCAGACAAUUUGACCGUUUUUAAUGAGUUGUAGUGGUACAGGCACAUUAAUGCCUAGAAAGGCCUUACAUGGAUUUGGCAAUCACUAGGGUAUGCCCCUGGGUUUUCUAAUAAGCUGUGAUUGUAAAUGUAUAGUAAGCUGAAGCGAUGAAGCUUCACCUGCACUUUGCUGUGAGAAUGUGAGAGGUGGCUAGGUACUAUUUUCUGUCUGGUUCACACCAUUAGGUUGAGCUGAGCUGGGCUACUUGCUACCCCCCCUCAUCUUCAUGUGGAAGCUGUGGGUAAAGCUGUCUGUGCUGUUUGAAGUCAUCUGGGCCUGCUGAACCCCAUAAUAACCCCUUCUUCUAUAAGCCACGCCACUGGGGAACAAAGUAAGGUCGCUCCAGUGACAAUUUCCUCUGAGCGAUGCCAUCAGAACUUUGAAAAUGUAUGUUUUUUUUUUACAUUUUUUUCCUCAGUUGUUUUAUUGUUUUGAUCUAAAAUGGUUUGUGUGGCUGUCUGCAGGCUGGAACUAAAUGCUGCAGAUUGAAAUCUCAACUGUGACCUAGCUGUGGCUAACUGUGAAUCUGCUGCAGAGCUGCCCAUCAAGCCUCUCUCCUCUUCAUACUCUAGAUUCUUGUUUGUCGGUUGUUUUAUUUCUGUCUAUCAUUUUGUCUGUCACGGUUUUUGUUAUUGCAAAAGUUCAGAUCAGCCUUUUGUUAAGCUACCUUAUGUUUUGGAGAUAUUUUAGUGUACAUAAAACUUUUAUUUUUUAUUUUUUCCACCAAACAUGGAUAUUUCAGUUUCUCGUCAUAUUACCGUUUUAAAGGCUUUGGUCAAGUUUUGAUUUAUCUAAUUGAGGUUGUAAUUCCAUCUUACCAGACAAUUGCUUGUUCCUUUUUACACUUAUUUAUAUAUAUAUAUAUAUAUAUAUAUAUAUAUAUAUAUAUAUAUAUAUAUAUAUAUAUAUAUAUAUAUAUAUUUAUUUCUAUUUCUUUGUUUUUUUUAAUUGUUGGCUUUAAGCUUGAUGUUGUAUCCAAAUG